AUGCAGGUGACUACGGCACUAUCACUCUCCCCCAGCUUCAGCAGCUAUAGCAAAGUCUCCGAAAUCGCAGCUCGGACUGUCGAUGAAUUCGAUUCCGAUGAAUUCUCCGACGAGUGUCUUUUAGACGAGAGGAAAACUUCAGCAGCGCAACGAGGCGAUGAAAACGAGGAAGAAUUCGAGUUCUCGAUGACAUCAAGGGAUUCGGAAUUGCCGUCGCAGACUUCCGCCGACGACAUUUUCCAAAACGGUAAGAUCCGACCGGUGUACUCUGUCUUCAGUCGAGAUUUUUUGCUCGGACGCGUCAAAGUUCAGAAUGAAAUCGGAAAGGAAAAUAGCGUCCGCGGUUCGGUAACUCCGAAGAUCCGGCUUCCGCUGAGGAAGCUAUUUCUAGAGGAAAGGGAAACGGCGAUUACGAUGUCGCCGAGCUCGUUGGAGGAGGCAGACGAGCUCGACGGCGUAGCGGCGGUAACCUACUGCGUUUGGCCACCGAAGGCAGCGGAGGCGGAGGAAGAAGGCAGGUGCAAGAAGAGCAGCUCCGCCGGCUGCAAUUCUAAGAGAUGGAAGUUGAAAGAUUUUCUGCACAGGAGCCACAGCCAUGGAAGCGAGAACGAUUUCGUCGAUUCGAAGGAAAAUGAAAAGAAAUCUGCAGAAACUCCAGCGGACGGCGGGAAAGUUGGAGCGGUGGCACCGCCGCAUAAUUUGAACGGCGGCGAGAAGCAGAGAUCGUACUUGCGCUACGGACAUGAUUUGGCGGGGCUCUUUGGUGAUGUAACGUUGAGAAAAAAUUUGGAGUCAUUUUGA